AUGAGCAUCAUCGAGGAGGCGUCAUUAAUUCAGCGAGGUCUGCAGUUUCUUGAGCAGAAUGACGAGAAAAGGGCGGGACUGUUGCUUGUGUGGCUCUUGAUCGUGCUUGUACGAUGGUUGGUAGGUCUCCACUCAUAUUCAGGCCAGCAUACGCCGCCCAUGUUUGGUGAUUACGAGGCACAACGCCACUGGAUGGAGAUUACGAUCAAUCUUCCUAUCUCGGAUUGGUACUUUAACACCACGUCUAAUGAUUUACUGUACUGGGGACUGGACUAUCCACCGCUGACUGCCUACGUUUCGUAUAUCUUUGGAUGUGUGGCCAACGUCAUCGAGCCGUCCAUGGUGGCACUAACAAGUUCAAGAGGAUACGAGUCUGCGACCAGUAAAGUAUUCAUGCGUACGUCCGUGCUAUUGUGUGAUAUUGUACUCUUUAUGCCUGCCAUCUACUUCGUGGCGAAAGCAAUUUAUGGCAGUAAGAACUGGAAUCGACGAACGGCAUUCUUUCUUCUCAUUCUGCUGCAACCGGCUGUGUUGCUCAUUGAUCAUGGCCACUUCCAGUACAACAAUGUAUGUUUGGGUUUUACGGCGCUGGGCGUAGCUUUGAUCCUUCAGGGUUAUGAAUUUCUUGGUAGUAUUUGCUACUGUCUGGCGCUAAACUUUAAGCAAAUGGCGCUUUACUAUGCUCCUGCAUUUGGAAUAUUCCUGUUGUCUCGAUGCCUCUAUCGGGAGAUGUGCAUUCUCCAUCUCGUCAAAUUGACGGUUGGAGUCAUUGCAACGUUUGCGCUAAUGUGGUUGCCUUUGUGCGCAUAUGCAUCUGCGGAGAACACAUGCUUGUCUACGAUGGCGCAAGUUCUCCAUCGUAUUUUUCCGUUUGGCCGAGGCCUUUUUGAAGACAAGGUAGCUAACUUUUGGUGCAUCGCCGACUUCGUUAUUAAGAUCCGACAAUUUGUGACCCCUACACUUCAGAUGCGAUUAUGCACGGUGAUGACUUUUGUCGGAUUUACUCCGUCCGUUAUCGACCUGCUCAGACGAAAGCCCACGAAUCUGCGGUUCCUUCUAUCGCUGGCGGUUUGCUCGCUCUCAUUCUUCUUGUUUUCUUUUCAAGUCCACGAGAAGACGAUUUUGCUGCCACUGCUGCCCAUCUCGUUCCUUUUUGCUUAUAACGCGCUACUCUCGGGAUGGUUCAGCGUGCUUUCAACUUUCAGUAUGUACUUCCUCCUCAAGAAAGAUGGCCUCAUUCUUCCGUACAUCGUGUUACUACUAGCUUACACGGGUGUAGCAGUGGCUCCGUUCCUUGCACCAAGUACUUCGAAGCAUCUACACGUGCAGCAAAACGGGCUUAUACCAGGCUAUCGGCGGGAUGGCACCGCGCAUCCGUUGUUUCGAGGUUAUGUCACGAUUUCAUUGCUAGGAAUCGUAGUCAUUCACUCUGCGCAAGCCUGGAUCACCCCGCCUGCUAGAUACCCCCAUAUCCACGACUACGUCUUUGCUGUGUAUUCCUGUGGCCAUUUCUUACUGAUACUCGCAUAUUUGACGUACUGGCAAUGGACCGCAGAAACUCAGGAAACGCAAAGCAUGAAGACCAAGAAAGAGUAA